AUGAAGUUCCUCGCUGUUGCUGCCGGCCUCGUUGCCGCUGCCUCUGCCUACACAUACCCAACUCCCUUCAACCCAACUGCCAGCGGUGCUGGUCCCAGUGGUAACGCCAUCUACACCCCAGACACCACCAGCCCGGCCACCUUGGGCGAGCCCUACAGCAUCACCUGGGACCCUACUACUCCAGGCCCUGUCGCUCUGGUUCUCUGCCAGGGUCCUUCCACCAACUGCGAGCCUAUCUUGACCAUUGCCGACUCCAUCGCCAACAGCGGUGAACACACCUGGACUCCCGAGGGACUUACACCUUCUUCCACCUCGUCCGGCGGAUACGGUAUCAUGCUCAUCGACUACACCACCGAAGCCUACCAAUACUCCACCCAAUUCGGUAUUCUCGCUGGUUCCAGCGUCAGCUCCUCCUCCUCCUCCACCACCUCAUCUUCCGUUGCCACUGCUCCCGCUUCUACCAAGACCACCACUUCCACCGUCAACAUUAUCCCUAGCAGUGCCGUGGUUACCCCUACUUCUACUCCUCUCAGCACCGUCAUCAGCAAGGUCGUCAGCACCACCACUGUCUGCCCUUGCGAGAGCGCCGCUACCACCGGUGCUGCCACCACCACUGCUGUCCCCAUUCCUCUCUCCACUGGCACUGUUUCCAUCCCAUGGACCACCAGCACUCACACCCCCAGCGUCCCAAGCUCAGUCGCCAGCAACGCUCCCACUCAGCCUGCUUACACCGGCGCUGCUUCCAGCAACAUGGUUAGCUACGGUGCCAUGGGCGCCGCUGCUGGUCUCGCCGCUCUCUUUGCUUUUUAA